CAGACGACGCGGAAGAGCAAUAAGCGUAUGCGGACGCGGCCAAUAUCAAAACAAAAAUUCAAAACUUACUUAACUUACAUAAGCGCGUAGUGAAAGAGUGCGCGUGAAAUUACAAGUUUGUGUUUGUGUUGCGUUAUUUGUUUUCGUAAUUUAUUUGUAAACACUUCAACCAUGUUGGAGAGCAGACCAAAGCAAAAUAUUGCGGUAAAAAGUGUGCCAGCCGACGCCGCGUCACUGGAACAGCAAAGUGACUCACUUUCCCCACAAGUUUUGGACGCUUACCGUGAGUUAGCCAAUCGCAAUGCCAUCGGCGAUUUCGAAUUGGCUGUGCAGCCCAUAGGCGGACCUGGUGAAAAUUCCUAUGGCUCCGUGCUGAAAGUACGUUUAACGCCUACAAGCGCGCCAACGAAGUCAGCGGCGUUGCAUACGAUAUUGAAGAUCGCGCCUACAAGCCCAGCGCGCCGCACACAUAUGCGCGUCAAGGAUAUGUACACACGUGAAGUGUUUAUGUACGCAAAUGUGUUUAGUGAGUUUAACGCGCUGCACGUGCCACACGCGGCAGGAGUAACGCGCGCGCAGUUUAGUGCCGCGCCACAAAUGUUAUAUGCUUCGUUGAAAGACGACACUGAGUUUAUAAUUUUUGAGGAUUUAACCGCUGCAGAUUUUGCAAUCAACUCACGCACCAAUCUACCCACCUAUGAUUUGGUGUUGUGCGCCUUUCGUGCGCUCGCGCAGUUGCAUGCUAUGUCGUUUGUGCUGCAAGCGCGGCAGCCGGCGCACUUUGCCGCGUUGGUCGCACAAAUGGAUGACAACCUCUUUACGCCGGACAUGGAGGAAGUGUCAGUGGAGUUUGGCAAGAAAUAUGUGCGGCGCACGCGUCAUUUGCUCGAGGCAGACUUGAAGUUGAGCGGUGAAGAUACGCCAGAGAUGCGUGAGGUGCUGCAGGCGCUACAUAAGAUUGAGGAUAAUUUUCAAGGCAUUUGCUUGGAUGCAGUCGAUGGCGCGGCGUAUGCGCCCUACUCGGUUAUAUGUCACGGCGAUUUCUGGAAUAACAACAUACUCUACAAAUUCGAUUCCAACAACAAACAACGCAACACCGCCAUCAAGGCCAAACUGAUUGACUUUCAAAUUUCGCGCUACUCACCGCCAAUCUUGGAUCUGGUACACUAUCUUUACGCUUGCACAGAGAAACCGCUACGCGAUGCGCAUUUCAAUGAAUUCAUGCAAAUCUAUUACGACACAUUGGCACAGUUCAUACGCGACUACGAAUUGGACCCUGCUGUCCUAUAUCCCGAAACAAUAUUCCGCCAACAAUUAAGACAAUUCGGCGUCUAUGGUUAUUGCAUGUCCGCGUUUGCAGUGCCAUUCUUCGUGUCGAAUGCGAGUGAAUUGCCAGAUUUGGAUAAAGUCUCCGAGGCCAUACAAGAACUCUCCUCAUCGUCGUCGUCAUCGUCCGCAUCGGACAGUUCAGACACAGAUGCAGCAAGUGAUGACGGGAACGGAGCACGACAAAGUGAAGUAACGCGGCAGCGGCAGAAGAACAACCACAACAAAACAAUGUCUACAAAAAGUCAAAACGCCGCAGAGUUGGUCGAUGAACUGGAUAUUUUGACAGAGCGCACGCUGCCUAUAUUUAAAAGACGCAUGAUUGGCAAUAUUUUAGAUUUGCAGAAGUACGACAUGCUUGAAGCUGUAUUGAAGUAUUAAUAUGUGAAUGUGAAAGGAAGAAAGUAGUCAGUGGGAUAAAGAGAGAAAAAUGGGUAUCGGAGAAAGUGAAUAAGAGAGGGAAAGAAGAGAGAGAGGGAGAGAGAGAGAGAGGGAAAAAGAUAGAGAGAAAGAUAGAGAGAGAGGGAAAAAGAGAGAGCAUUGGCAAAGAGGCAGAGAUAGAAAAAGAGAGAAAUAGUGUGGUGUAUAGCAGGCUGUGGUGAAAGUAUUUAGUUGUUCAAGGAAGUUGUACAAAAUGAAAGGAUUAUUUUGGCAACAAACUGCUUAAAUUGAGUUACUCACAAAAGCAUUCCAGUAAAAAAAUUUUAGAAGAGAAUUGUAUAUAUUGAAUUCAGCUAUAAUAGGCGCUUCAGAAAGUUACUUCAAUUGAGUCAGUUAGUGUUUAUUUCCACUAUUAAAAGUAUUAAUGCAAACAAUUAGCUAAUUGACUCAAUUAAGUCGCCAAUAAACGUGUUUAAACUCAUUAAGUUUAUUAGAAAGUGGCUUAGUAGGGCUGCACACCAUAUUAUAAUUAUUUUAAUAACAAAGUGCCAUGUAGUGCCGUUAGAGUGAGGCGUGAACUCAUUAAUUGUGUUGAUAAUUAUGUUAAAUUAUAUAGUUUUUAUUAAUUGGCGCAAUAGUAAAAACUUUGUAACAGUGUUGUGCCUUUGAUAUUGAAAGUAUUUACAUUUGUAAUAAAAGAAAAAUAGUAAAAGAUAGUGAAAAAUAUUUGCUACUAUAUUUAUAACUGUAUAAAUUGUUGUUAUAUAUGUAUGUAUGUAGAGGUAGUGAUUAAUUAGCAGAAUCGAAAUACUAUAGAAGCUAACAAAGGUACCUAUUGUGAAUUAAAACAAAGAAAAAGUUCUUAAAUUAAACAAAAUACAAAACGAAAAAUAGUAGAAAUAAACAACAACUACAAAAAUGUGAUUUAAAGCAAUUGUACAAAGCAGAGUAAUAUUUAUAAUAACAGUUUUUGCUUGUAAUACAACUAAUUAUUUAAAUAAACCAAUUAGUUACGUAUAACA